GAUUGUGUCGUCUGCUGUGAACGAUUAUUAUGAGGAAGCACGAGAAUCUAUUCACCUUUCGCAGUGUGUUUGAUGUGAAUGGAAAUGGCAGCUGUUUCACGUUGCAAACAGACAACGUACUCUCAAGAAGAUGCCAAACAACUGAUCAGUUGACUUUUGUACAACGUAUUGUAGAUCUCAUUUGUGACAGCACUCAAACUAGUCAACAGUUAGAAGAAACAAACUUUAGUUGCAACGAUGAGGGCAGCUGUGAUGAUGCCAUUUUGAAGUUGGAUGAAGACUUUUUUAAAGAGGCUAAUUUUGCAAUGGUUUCAGAUGAUUGGUCCUUUUUGCAAACGUUGAAUUUUUUAAAAGAAAAUGUGGUGUGGAAGUGUCAGAGAAUAAAACCAUCAAAGACAAAUGAUCUGCCACAGAAAGACCCAGCAACUCAUGAUACAAUUACAGAACUAUUGAACUCUACAGCUGUAAAAUAUCAUACACAGGAUUAUCUAGAGAAUUUAGGUCAAGAGUUGUUUGACUUGAGUGAAGGAGCUUCAAAAGCAAUCAUCAUCGAAACAAUUAAUAUAGAGAUAUUCUCUAGACUAUGUUUUGAAGAUGUUAUUGUAGAAGAACAUUCACAUGAACUCGUUAAGCUGAAAGUCAUGAAAAAGGAAGACGAUAUUGCCGCACUACUUGUGCUAUUUAAAAAGUACAUGAAAGAUCUUAAGUUGACAAAUGGCUUGCCAACUGAGAUUGGACAGCAAUCUGCUGAUAGAAUAACAGCCAAAUUAGACGAGACAUCAAAACAGGAACCAAAACAUGGAGAAAUUGAUCAAGCCGUUGCAGUGAUUAGUAAUUGCACAGCUGAGGAAUUUAGUACGAGGAAGGAAGAAGUGGAUAGAUCAGACGAGAGCAUGGAUAACAAAACGCAUAGGGUGUCUGAUCAUGAAUUGUUGAAUGAAUCUAGGAAAGGUAGCGUUUCUAUUUCAGUAAAGGAGAUUGUACCUGAACUGCAAUCAUCAGUCAAUGAGAAAGGGGACAAGUGCACUACUACUGUGCGUUCUGUAGCUGAGCCUUCCAGUGAAGAGCAGCAGGAAUUAGACGUGUCAACAAACGACUAUGAUAAAGCAGAAAGUGCAGCCUCUGUCAAAGUCACUACAACAGACUUAUUUGAAAAAGAAAGCACCCUUGGCUUACACUAUCCAAAUAGUGAUAGAACAAAUGCUAUUGCUGCAUUGCCUACUUCAUCAUUGUCUGAUAAUCCUCUUGACAAGCUCACUAACUUAGAUAUGAUUGAGUCCAAAAACGAAGUGGUCUCAGAGAGAUCACAGUUGAGUUGUCAUGAAGAGAGCACAAGUGGAAUUGUUUACUCAAACAAAGAUCAAGAAGACUCUUCUGAAAGCAAAGUAAUUGUUGAAUAUAGGUAUGAAAUGGUACAUCAGUCUACACAAGGAUUUGACAUGAGACUAGUCAAAGAAGGGGGAUGUCGAAUAGGAAGUGGCAACUUUGGUGAUGUAUUUCAUUGUCGUAUGCCAGUUACAGGUGGUAGAGUUCAAGAUGUAGCCGUUAAGACAUUAAAGCAGCCCAAAACUAGUAAAGCGUCACACAUCAAGCUAGCUAUGACUCAGUUUCGAGCUGAGCUAGUGGCAAUGACAAGAUGUCAUCACCCCAAUGUCGUCCGUCUCAUUGGCCAGUGUUGUGAAGGUCCUCAGUUGUGUUUAGUGUAUGAAUUUGUGUCAGGAGACAACCUAGGAAGGCUUAUCAGGAAGGAGAAUCCAAAUCCUCCUGAGUGGCGUGUUCGUUUGAAGUUAAUGCGAGAUAUUGCUUGUGCAAUACAGUAUCUGCAUACUACAUGCAAACCUACUCUUGUACAUCGAGAUGUCAAAUGUGCCAACAUUCUGGUAAGUGCAGAUUCGACAGCAAAACUGGCUGAUUUUGGGCUUUGUAUAUCGGUGGAUGAUGAGGAUGAUUCUUGGUCUUCAUUCUAUGUGACUUCAGCAGUUGGGACGCGAUCGUACAUGGCACCUGAAGCAUUUAAGGGUAAAGUGUCUCCAAACAUAGACAUUUACUCCUUUGGUGUGAUACUUUAUGAAAUUACAACUGGCCUACCAUCUUUUUCAGUUGUCACAAAAAAGGACUUGGUGGUGUACAUGAGAGAGUUGGAAAGACAAAACUGUGACUCGGCUAUUUUGGUUGAUCCUCGUGCCAAGUGGGUAUCAGAUGUGUCUUCCGAUCUGCUCAAGUUAUCUAGAUGGUGUACUGACUAUGACAGUCACAAUAGGCCGUCAAUGACAAUUGUUGUUUCUAUACUAAACAUGUUGAUGAGAGAUCAUCUUUCUCGUUCUGAAGAUUUCUAAUAGUGAGGAAGGUUUAUAAAAAUAGUCUACAUUGUAAUGGUGCAGUGAACAGUGUUUUAGGUCUCUAAACAAUGUAUUGACUUCCAUUUUCAUUGAUGCUAUUUUGCAUUGAUUUGAAAAUAUGA